AGUGUUUGAGCCUGAGCGUGUACAUUUGUUUACAGCCGCGAGUUCUUCGUCUGCAUGUUACCGAGACUGUCUUAUGUGAAUGAAAAUCUGAACAGUUUUCGGCUAAAUAUUAGUAAACAGCACGUAAUACCGAUAUAGCUACUACCGUGCGUCUGUCAUGUUUAUGCCGUGUAUAUGGGAAUAACACCCGCUAACAAGAAAUGCUAAAGUUACGCUCCCUCCGCCUGCUACCUUCCAAGGUGCGAUUGGUGGAUCCUUCAGCGAGCUAACGUUUAACGUGUGCUAGUUAGCCAGCUGGCAAAGACGCUAACAUGGGAGUUAUACAAGACAGGAUGACCUCUGACUAACGAUACACGUCUCUCAAAAGAUAAAUCACUAGAUGAUGAUACAGAAUGACCAAAGACCGGGUGCAUCAUGGCAUUAUCUGAAGUUUACUGGGAUCACCAAAUACCCCUGCCAAAGCUUGCUCCAGUCCAGGCCAAGGUCACUGUCGCUCUGGUGGCACUCCUGUGCUUCAUUAACAGUUAUGAUGGGGAGUUUGUAUUUGAUGAUUCUGAAGCAAUCGUCAACAAUAAGGACUUGAAACCAACAACACCCCUGAACAACAUCUGGAGCAAUGACUUCUGGGGAAGCAACCUGAGUAGCAACUCUAGUCACAAAUCCUACCGACCUCUCACUGUCCUUACGUUCAGGCUGAACUACCUCUUGGCGGGAGGCCUAAACCCUGUUGGCUUCCAUGUGCUGAACAUCAUCCUCCAUGCUGUCAUAUCUGCCCUUAUGAUUGACGUGUUUGCUAUACUGAUUGGUGGACUGGCCUAUGAUGAGAUGGGUGGGAUGCUCAACCACGCUCCCAAGACCUCUAUUCUUGCUGCCCUGUUCUUUGCCGCACACCCAGUUCACACAGAAAGUGUGGCUGGUGUUGUGGGUCGUGCAGAUCUUUUGUGCGCUCUGUUCUUCCAACUCUCUUUCCUCACCUACUGCAAAGCUUUCAACAUAGGGAGAGACAGAGAUGACAGGUUUUCUGUCCAGUGGGUUGUGGUCAGCCUCUUGCUGUGUGCUGCAGCGAUGCUCUGUAAAGAACAAGGCAUCACAGUCUUGGGUGUGAAUGCAGCCUUUGAUGUCCUCCUGAUCUGUAAUGUUAAUGUGUAUGAACUCAGCCAGAGGCUACUCCUUAGGAAGAAUCCACUCGAUGCAAGUCAGAUAUUGCGAACGGGUUUGCUUACACGAUUGGCUCUCAUGGGUCUUGGAGGACUCUCAAUGCUCUAUGCACGUUGGAGGAUCAUGGGAACAGGACCACCGGCAUUCACUGAAGUAGACAACCCUGCCUCUUUUGCAGACAGUAUAUUUCUUAGAAUAGUGAACUAUAAUUACUACUACUCUCUGAAUGCCUGGUUGCUGCUGUGUCCCUGGUGGCUGUGUUUUGAUUGGUCCAUGGGCUGUGUGCCUCUCAUUAAGUCAGCCACUGAUUGGAGGAUGGUGUGGCUGCUGCUGCUCUGGUGCGUCCUGAUAGGCUUGAUAAGCCAAGCCUUAUGCUCGCCGGACAGCCAGAGAAGGAGGACACUGACCUUGGGUCUGGUGCUGCUGGUGGUCCCUUUUCUGCCGGCAUGUAACAUUUUCUUCAGGGUGGGCUUCGUCAUUGCUGAGAGGGUGCUCUACCUGUCUUCUGCUGGCUACUGCCUACUGCUGGCCUACUCCCUGGGUCACUGCUGUUGCCACUGGUCCAAAUACAGGAAGCUACUCUGUGUGUCAGCACUCACGCUGUUGUGUGUGUAUGUAGCUCGCUGUGCUCUCCGCAGUCACCAGUGGCGGUCAGAGCAAAGCCUCUUCACCAGUGCCCUGUCUGUCUGUCCGCUCAAUGCAAAGGUCCAUUAUAAUGUAGGUAAGAACCUGGCUGACAGAGGGAACACUACCACUGCUAUCAGAUAUUACAGAGAGGCAGUCAGGCUACAUCCUACCUAUGUCCAUGCCAUGAACAACUUGGGGAAUAUCCUGAAGGAGAGGAAUGAACUGGUCGAGGCAGAGCAGCUGUUGUCUAAAGCUGUUUCUAUUCAGUCUGACUUUGCUGCAGCUUGGAUGAAUCUGGGUAUAGUUCAGAACAGCCUGCAGAAGUUUGAGGAAGCUGAGCAGAGCUAUUGGAAUGCCAUCCGCUUCCGGAAAAAAUACCCAGACUGCUACUAUAACUUAGGACGCUUGUAUGCUGACCAGAAGAGACAUGUGGAUGCUCUGAAUGCAUGGAGGAACGCAACUGUGCUAAAACCUGACCACAGCCUGGCUUGGAACAACAUGGUCAUUCUGCUGGACAACACUGGUAACUUGGGUCAAGCAGAGCUGAUCGGUCGAGAGGCUCUGAAGCUCCUCCCUAACGACCACACUAUCAUGUUUUCAUUGGCUAACGUCUUGGGGAAAUUACAGAAAUACAAGGAGUCGGAGGGCUUCUUCCUUCAUGCUCUUCGGAUCAACCCAAAUGCUGCCAGUUGCCAUGGCAAUUUAGCUGUGCUGUAUCAUCGCUGGGGAAAGCUGGAGCUGGCAAAGAAACACUACGAGCUGUCUCUAAAGUUGGACCCUGAGGCUCCUGGGACUAGAGACAACUAUAACAUGCUGCGACGCAAACUGGACCAGCUUAAACGCCACACACCCUGAAGGAGCCAACUGGGACCCCUUCCUGCCGUAAAACUUCUUAUUUCCAUUGUUCCACUUGGUAUUAUUUUGUCUCACUAAUUGUACCAUUUGGAAAUAAAGACCAUGAUCUGUG